UUCCAGAAUGCAGAAAAAUGCAUCUCCUGCAUUCUAGAUUUAACCAAAUUUCUGGGGGUGGGGGGCAUGCGCCCCUAGCAAGUCCACUCUUUGGGCCGUUGAUUACGCACCCCCACAUAUAAAUUUCUGCGUACGGGCCUGGACUAUAAUAGUAAUAAGAAUUUUGGCUUUGUCGUAGAUUUAUGUUUACGUGCAAAACUAGGCUUACGAUGUUUUCUAAAAUUGGGUCCAGAACUUUUAUCAGAAAAUAACAAAAUAGACGGCUUAAAAUAAUACUAAUCCCUGCAAAAACAAUAUAGGUUCUCAGCCACAGCGAGGGAACCUAAUAAACAGAUUUUUUUAUUUUUUUUCAUUACAAUGUUUUAAAUUAUUAUUAUUUGUGUACACGUGCGUGUGCGUAUGCACGUUGCAUGCACUGGUAUGCAGACGUUCUCUUUGAAAUGCAUGCUCAACAAUUAUCAGGGAGUGCGAUAAACAUAGUACAACUGUUUCGCAUUCCAUAAAAUCUCAGCUUAUAGCCUGAUAAAAGACACCGACGAUUUAUGCUCUUGACUGGUCACUAACAAAACGGACUUGGGUUUACUCAGGCUGUCUGUUGACUGAGACACCUGAGUGGUUGUCAUCUGUCCAAGGGAGGUAAAGGUAACGGCAAAGGUGUCAACUUUUAAAAUGGCGGCCAAUGUCUCCAGUGGGGGACGGCUUCCUCCAGAUUUUAAUUAUGGCGUAACCAGAGAUGGACGAGUGUUCUUUAUUGAUGAGAGACGUAAGGACACAACGUGGUUGCACCCUUUAAAUGGCCGCCCUGUUCAAACCGGAUUCUAUACCGAUCCUGGACUACCGGAUGGCUGGGAGCAGGCUGUCACUCUGGAGGGGACGCUCUACUACAUCGACCAUAAUACUCGAACCACAAGCUUCCAGCAUCCUGUCACUGGUCGUGCCGUCCAUAUUGGAAAUACCUCACCCAAAUCAUUUCCACAAAACGUAAGUGCACAAAACGCCAAGCAUCCAACGAGUCCACAAAGUCCAACGAAUCCACAAAGUCCAACGAGUCCUGGAGAAAAGAAUUUUAAACGUAACCAGGCGAAACAGAGAAGUUUGAAAGCUCCGUCUGCCAAAAGGAACCCAAAUUCCCGUGUUAUCCGGAGAGCGUGGCUGUACAGAUGGGAAACUGGUGGGUUAACUAAAAGCUGGAAGAAAAGAUGGUGUGUGCUUGUUGAUUUCGCCUUGUUUAUAUACAAAGAUGAACAUGAAGAAAAUGCUGUGACGUCUGUACUGUUGCCUAGCUACAGAAUUAAUAUGGUGUUGCCCACAGACCCGGUUUUCAGACAGUAUGCAUUUAAACUAGAACAUGAGAACACCAAGACUCUGUAUUUCGCGACAGACAGCACAUCAGACUUGGAGAACUGGGUGUCACUGCUGAGACAAGAGGCCAUGAUGAAGGGUCAGAAAGGAUUUACAAGAGAAACUAAUAACAACAAACCUCAGAGGCUGAUUCCAAAAUCUCCCAUCAUAUCACGUAACAACGAUGCCAGCGAUGAUGAACCUCUGUUUCCAGGCAGCCUUCACUUGCAGGAUCCCGGGGGUUACCGGCGGUUACAGAGAGAUGAAGACAUUGAGCCUCCCGAUUCAAGAGUGACUGCUUCUUACCCUGGAUAUAGUGAUAACAAUCCAUCGCAUCAUCCUGAUCAGAACGAUACAAAUUCCCAGCUACCCCCAAGGGACAGAGACAGUUAUUCAGCUGGGCGUUCUAGAAACUCUAGAGAUUUAACACCUGCAUACAAUCAGGAUAGGCCAAGGGAAUAUGAUGGGAGAUAUGGUGAUCCAGAAAGACAAGCAAAUGUUGAACACCCAGAACAAAUGCAGAAUGUUGACCCCAGAGACUCUAGGUAUCAGCCAGGAAGCAAUCUUGGUGAUCCUUCUGAAUAUCCGUCACAUAGAACUAAUGGCAAUAAUGUUCCACAUAAUAAUUAUCCUUCGGACAUGGAGAACCGAGACAGAUACAGAGAGAAUCAUCCUGAUUACGGUGAUCCACAGCAUAAUGAGGGUUAUGGGCAGGAUAAGUACAACAGUAUGCCAAGACAAGGUGUAGACGGAAACCAACCUCAUCCUCAGGAACCUACAAGUUUUCUAGGACGCCAGAAAAGAAUAAAUCCUAGUUACUUUGAUGGUGAUGAACAUUCUGGUAGGGCGCCACAAGAUGUUUAUUCUAGAGAUGGUGAGUCGAGGGAUCAUCCAUAUGAAGGCUACGGUCCUUCACUGUCGGAAGAAGCACAAGAUGCCCAUGGACCGGGCAUGCAGGCUGGUAACUAUGGUGAUGAAGGUCUUCAUCGUGAAAGGUCAUCGAGAGCAUCAGAUCAACCAGCAUUUGAUAAUUAUCAGGGACACUUACCUCCUGAUGGCCAACAUGGCGACCGAUCAUCCAGAGCUUCAGAUCGUCUUCAGAAUGAUGGUUACCAUGGUGAUAGGUCAUCAAGAGCUUUGGAUCGUCCUCCAUUUGAUGGUUACCAUGGUGAUCGAUCAUCCAGAGCUUCAGAUCACCAUCCUCCAUAUGAUGGUUACCAUGGUGAUAGGUCAUCCAGAGCUUCUGAUCAUCCUCAGUUUGAUGGUUACCAUGGUGAUAGAUCCUCAAGGACAUUGGACCAUCCGCCAUACAAUAGCCAUGCAAGUCAUGGAGCUCCAGGUUAUAACCAUGAUAAUCCUGACAAUAGAGAGCAUGGUGGACAUUCUUCCUCUAUGCCCCAGCUCAACAGGCAGGGUGUUCGGCAACACCCGGAACUCACCGUUACGAUUCCACACACAUACGUCAAUUUUCCAUCUGACACUGACUCUGGGGACCAUGACUCAUCUGGCAGACGGCAGGAAGCGUCCCCGGGGCGUCCUCCGUAUCCUGUAUCUGUGAGACAGCAGAUAGCACAGGAAAUCGCCGAGACGAAAACUCCACACACAUCUAAUGACUAUGUGACCUCUGUGAAGAACGAAAAGAAAAGAAUGCAGCAAAGAGAAUAUUUUCAGUAUCCCACUCCACUGUUGCAACCAGAUCAAAGUUAUCCUCAGAAUUCACCUGACGACCAUAAUCCAAGAAGGGACCAAACAGAUGGUUACAAUCAGGGUCAUGUACCAGAGCCUGAAGCAUUGCAUGAAAGUUACAGCAGAGGUCCUCACCAUGAGCAAUCAUACAGUGAUUCUGGCAGACCAGAAUGGCAGGACCGGUCACGUGACAGCUUAAACAGAAACACUCAGGGUGUGGGAAGAGAGGUGCAGAACAACGCAAGGGACAGCUGGGGAAGGGAUCCAAGAUUCAACCAGUCAAGGGACAGCAUUGGCAGAGAUUCGUAUGCAGGAAGAUUACAGGAUAAUUUGGGAAGAGAUCCAAGGCAUGAUAAUUCACGUGACAGUUUAGGGAGAGAUCCAAGGCAUGAUCAUUCACGUGACAGUUUGGGGAGAGAUCCAAGGCAUGAUCAUUCACGUGACAGUUUAGGGAGAGAUCCAAGGCAUGAUCAUUCACGUGACAGUUUGGGGAGAGAUCCAAGGCAUGAUCAUUCACGUGACAGUUUGGGGAGAGAUCCAAGGCAUGAUCAUUCACGUGACAGUUUGGGGAGAGAUCCAAGGCAUGAUCAUUCACGUGACAGUUUGGGGAGAGAUCCAAGGCAUGAUCAUUCACGUGACAGUUUUGGAAGAGACCCUCGGUUUGACCAGUCUUUCAACAGUCAAGGAAGACCAACCCAUUACAAAUCAUUGGGCAACAUGGACAGAAUUGGUGCAGAUGAUCAGUCGUCUUCCUUCGCAAGACCUUUACAAGAUGGAGCAACAAGCAGCCAGUCUAUGGGGAAUCUUGACACGAGUGCACAAGGCAGGAGUCCCCUAGAUGACCGAAGUUCACAGGGGAGGAGUCCACAUGGAACAUUCCCAGACAAUGAAAGAAGCAGCUUGGGCAGAAGUCCAAGGGAGGCUGAUCAGCAAGGCAAGCCGAGACUGUUUGUGAGCAGUCCAAAGGAAGAAGCUCAGGAGAUGAGGGAUGCGUACAAGAGUAUCCAGGAGCUGCAGCAGAGACAGAAGGAAGAAGACUACUCCGGUCCGAACCGGAAAAAGCGUCCUGAGUUGUUGAUCCACACUGUGAAGGAAGAACCGGACAUGCUGGACACUGAUGUGCUGGAAACGAGAAAACUUGAGAGCAAGAACAAGAAGUAUCCUCUUAAUGGAAAACGACUCCGAAUGAGCAUCUCUGCGGGAGACCUCAUUGGAAAAACACAUGAUGAGCUUGUGCUACUGUUGAUUCAGCUUCGGAGGAAUCAAGCGUCUCUUGAAAAGGCACGUGACUACUACCGCGAGUGCUUGGAGAAAAGACGUAACACGGAGCGAGAGUAUCGCAGACAACGUAAUGAUUCCACGGGUCACCUAGAGGAGAGUUUAGAAGAAAAUCAUCAGUCAUUUGUAGAUCUUAAACGAGAACUGGAAGAAAUAGAAAAUAAGCAAGAAGUUUACAAGCCACUAAUCAAUUUGGUGGACAACAUGGUUACUAUGGGCAGCCUCUAUGGGGGAGAUAACUUGAUGCUGGCUACGCAAUACCGGAAACACUUGUUGAGGCCGGACCAGUUUACUGAACCAAAAGUGAUGUUGGAAUUUUCCCGAGAAAAUCAGGAGAAACGAUUUGUUAAGGAAAUCGAGAAUGAGAUCAAACAGCUGUCAACUGAUGAAGUUGAUUUGGAGGAGAAGCUGGAGAAGCUGUAUGACUUGGACAGAAAGCUUCAGGAGCAGUCCUUCAAGGUGACCAGCCUAAAGGAAGACAAGGAAUAUCUGGAGAAGGCCUUGACCGGUAUCCUACACCAGCAGGACCAGUUCCGGAACAACCCGCGGGAGAUGAAGAAUCUGAUGCACCGACAGAGAACCAUCGAGAAGGAGUUGUCUCUCAUCAUGAAGCAGCUGGCCGAGGCAUCACAGGCGCUGGAGGAGACGACAGCCGAGAACAACAAGAUAGAACACGAGGUGACCUUGUUGAGGACGAAGGUGAACGGAGAACUGACCCGCAGUCGAAGCGCUCCCUCUCUUGUGGGUGAGAGUGCUCGCACUAAGAUGAAGAUGGAGAAGGAACUGGCGAAGGUACAGAACAUGAUGGCUGGACUGUCCAAUGAGGGAGCGCGGUUGAAGGAGGCCAUCACAACACUGAGACGAUCGUCGUCGGGGACGCAACUCGCUGCACUGCUCGAAAAAGAAUCAGAAACUGCAACCACUAAAAAGAAAUCAUUAUCGUACCUGAUUACGGACAUUGAUUCCAAUGAAACGGUUGAUGCCUCCAAGUCUUCAGCAGAUGGUAGUUUUGUUGGGUCACCAUACACAACAGUCGACCACCGUGUCUCCCAGCCAGUUAGAGAGGACAGUGUGAGUGCGGCACAGAGAACAUACCUGACGUCAGGGCCAGAACCACAGAACACAAACCACGCUCUCUCCAUCUCAGACCAGUACGGAUCAAACCAGGAUUACAGUGUUGACAGUGACCAGACGGAAAUGAAACGACCAGUCAUCAUUCACCAGAGGCAGGAAAGUUUUACCACAGCUAGUGAGGAGGAGGAGAAUGACUCUGAUAACAGUAUGAUAGUCGACCCAGACGCCCCCGAUGUUACCUGGGAUAUCAGUGAUGCCGAGGACAACACCAAGAGAUUCUUUGGCAUUAUACCGAAGGAGAAGAGCAAGGUGUUGACGGUGCGUGAUGUCAAGAGACAACAUGACCAGCGCAAGGAGAGAGAGAAGAUGAGGAGAGAAGCCGAUGAUGACGACGAUGAACAAGGAGGUUGUUAUUCAGUGUCUGGAAGUAAACAGAUUCCUGUGGAACAUCGCGAGAAUCAGGAUAAUGGUGGACAUGACUGGUACUCACCAUCUGUUAACUCGAGUAAUGACAAUACGGACACCGGUCCCCUUUAUGAAAAUUUACCUCGUGCCAGGUCGGUGCCAGCACUGGCUCCAAACAGUUCCGCCCCAACAUCCAGGCGGUCAUCGAUCAUUCUUAUGGCUCCUAAACCCUUUACACGCUACGAAGACAGGCAGAUGGGUAUCGUAACGGCUAAGCCUUUCAUCACUCGACCGUUCAACAGUGAGCUGCAGUUAAAUGUGAACACAGAAAGACGCUUCCAGCCGGUUUCUUUUAAUCCCAAUGCGAACAGAGUGUCAGUACCAUUUGGUACACAGCAGUACUACAGCGACAUGAACCUCAAUAGAGAUACCAAUGAUAAUGGGCAGAUUACUGCAGAGAGAGACUAUUCUUCUACAGAGUUACCUCCCCUUGCUGUAACAUCCACGGAAACACAAAGUUUGCUUUCUCCAGUGGACGUCCAGUAUCCGUGGUUGAAGAGCUUUGGUCAGCAAGAUGCUGGGAUCUACAAUGUGAAGAAGUCGCCAAAAGGACGAUAUUUAACCAUAUCGAGCACAGAGCCAGUUAAGAUGGAGACGAAAUCAUGGCCAAAGUCGUCACUUCAUUCUUUAGCUGGUGACCUCAUAACAAACAAACCUAUUGAUAAUGUGCCAGAUAUUGUGAAGAGUUCAACAAAGAAGAUAGAAAUGGAACUGUAUGAUGAGUUUACAAUUGAUAGAGAGCUGUACCGCCCUGGCCCUGUGGACAUUCCUGAACGUUAUAAUCCAGAAUCUGAUGAAGAAGAUAUUUCAGAAGAGGAACAAUUUAAAAGAUGUGAAAAAGCAGAAAAAAUUAAGAAGUUACUAGCACAACAGAGUGUUCACUCCCUGUCUCAGCCCGACAUCAGUCAGAUAGACCGGCGGGGUCUGCACCACAAGGUGGAGAUGGAGAAGUAUGAACGGUCGCAGUUGUUGGGGAUUGGACAAGAGCUCGCCAGGCAGGUCACGUUGAAGAGCAAAGAGGCAGCAGCAAAGAGACGUAAAACGUGGUCUGGAGAUCAGUUCUCUGAAGCGAUGAAAUCUCACGAGAAUAGUGAAGCUUUGCAGAGAGACCUUUCACCAGAUCGACAGGACAUGUAUGUGUGAAACACAAGUACUGUUGUGAAAACGGUCUUCUGAUAGCACGAUUAUGUAAAGGGUGAUCGCUCAUUUGGUAAAAACUUGUAAGAACCACAUUGUGCACUUAGAGUUUGGAAAACCAUAAACUUAGAAAGGUUGUAUCAAACUUUUGAAUGUUUACAAGGAAAAAAUGACAGUACUAUUGGGAAAACAGUACAUUUUAUUGCAUCAAAAUCUUUCGCCAGAUUAGCAGGAAAUGUACAAGUGAAAAAAACGAUGGUAGUGUUGGAAAGCCAGUACAUUUUGGGGGGGAAAAACAGUACAUUUUAUUGCAUCAAAAGACAACAGAAUUGUUUGAAAAACAGUAUAUUUUUUAUGAGUCUAAAUAGUCGAACAUGUGCAUGAAUAUUUGACAGAAUGUGUCUGUGAGAAAAACUACAAUAUUCUUGAGAAAACUAUUGUGGUGUUUUGACAUUUUAGGUUUUUUUUAUAUUAUAUUAAAUCUGUUUUGUCCGAUUUAACUUCAGAGAUGAAGAUAUUGGAAUUAGUAUCAGGAUUAUUUACAGAAAUAUGAAUUGUAUAAUGUCCUAGACCUUUUUGUUAUAAAGACACAUUCAGGUUUUGAACUUGAGGCUCGGACUUGGAGUGCAAACUGUAAUCUGAAAUAAAGUAUGUGCAGUCUGAUUUGAGUCCAAAUGAUACUCUUUAAAAAAAAAUCAAUUUUUAUUGUAUGAUAAAUAUUUGUGCAAGCAAAAUCUACUCAAUUUGAUUGUGUAGACAAGAUUUAUAUUUUUUAGACAUCUUUUACAAUGUAUUCUAGCCUCACCAUGAUGGUGAGAUUGGUUGUAUAGAAAACGUUGUCUGUAGGUUUUAAUGAAUUACAUGUCUAGUAGUGGCCAUUCCGAUCAAAUCAUGUUAUCAAAAUACUCUUAACGAAUUACUUCAACAUCAAAAAUAUUUGUAUCAGCUUUUAUCAUUUAUUGCUAUGAAAUUAAAAUGAGGAUUUAUUUUAUUUCAAUUUACAUGUUAUUUAUCUGUAGUUUAGGGUACAUAGUUUUAUGGAUGAAAAAAGAAAAUUGUUAAUUAUUAUGAGGAUAAAUAGGCAAACUUGUGUGUCAGGAUAGAUAAAUGUACAUGUAUGUUGUACCCUUUUUUUCAUUCUUUCAUAGCAUUUUUAGUUAACAAGUAUUCUCUAUAAUUUAUGAUUGUUAUAGUUAACUAAUAAACUGUAAAAAUUCUGCUUUUUAUGUAGAUUUUAAGGAAUAUUUGUAUUUUGUUUGAUGCAGUUUUUAUGAUAUUAAUUAUUACUUUAACCUAAUUAUUUAGCAAAUAUGAAAAUGAGCCAUGUUUACUUUUAUCUUCUUUCACUUGUUUUGUUAUCACAAAACUAGAUAUUAAAAUAACUUUUAAAACGUUCUCAAAUUACUGUGUACUUGUUUGAACAUGUAUUUAAUAUGUAAUGUUGGUUUAGUUAGUAUUAGUUAAUACAUUUAGUAAAAUAUUAUAAAUAUUUUAACUGGAUGAAACCCAUGCUUUUAAUGGGAAACUUUAGUUGGGGUGUGGUGACCGUACACUGGACUUUUCCCAAGAAAUACAACUACUAUAUAAGAUAGCCAGCACUCAUUAGCCGAGGCUGUAUAGAUGGCCGCUGAGAAUUUAGCGACUUCUGUGUUAAGUGAUUAUCACGAAGAUGGCUGCCCACAUAGAGGCUGCAUUUUUGUCAUUCAUCUUUGUAUGCAAUAUUAAGCACAUUGUGUGUAUAGUAGUUGACUGGACAUGAGCGCAAAACGAUCCUUGUGAGGUGCAAAAUCGAUUAAUUGGCAGUACUGAUCAAAAGCGGAGAAGUAAUUAGAAACACCAGAAACUGUAGUACAUGUAUUAUAGACUGAAGCAUUGUGACAUUCCUGUUUUUAAUUUCAUAUUGUAAAAUGUUAUAUUUUAGUAAGGUGUCUGGUCGUCUUUUUUAUACUGUGUUGAAAUUUAUAUACUGUAUUGAUGCCUUUCCUUCAUAUUUAUAUUUUUUUUAUUAUUUACCUUCAGUUAAGAGACCAACGAUUUCAUCUUACAUUAAAAGCUCCAAAUGUUUUUUUAUUUAGUGUAACAAUUUAGACAUUCCAUUGAAUUCUAGUACUGUAUACAUUAAAUGCUCAGUAUUUUUGUUAGCAGAAGUGAUCAAGAAAAUAAGGGUAUGCAUGUAAUUAUCAAGCAUUAGAUAUAUCUACUGGUUUGAUAUAACCAAAACUUAGCUCUUUUGUUAGUUAUGGAAGAAUUGGUAAUAUAUGAAUGGUUACAAAAAGAUACCUCAAAACAUCCUUGAUUCUUCCAAUCCCAAUAUGCAUGUUUUGUUGGAGGAUGAGGAGAUGCAAAACUUUCUACUUUAAAAGAACUUUUGAAGGUCAUUGUUUCCCUUUCUUAUUGGUGGGCUUCUCUUCAAGGUCAUCCAUUUAUUAUCUUAUCGGUGGGCUUCUCUUGAAGGUUAUCACUUUAUUGUCUUAUUGGUGGGCGUCUUUUGAAGGUCAUCCAUUAUCUUAUUGGGCUUCUCUUGAAGGUCCUCACUUUGUUGUCUUAUUGGUGGACUUCUUUUGAAGGUCAUCCAUUUAUUGUCUUAUUGGUGGGCUUCUCUUGAAGGUCAUCACUUUAUUGUCUUAUUGGUUGGAUUCAUUUGAAAGUUAUAAGUUUAAUUUUUUACUGGUUGACAUUCUUAUUGGUGGGCUAUAUUUGAAUUUUACUUUUCUGUUUAUAACAAAUAAAAACAUUUUGUACUGAAAACAAUUUGUUAAAAUCAUAUAAUAAUAAUACAUGAAAUCUGUAAAAUGACGAUAGUCAUGUUUAUUUACUCUACUCCUAGAUUGUUCAGUCUUAAUUAAAAUGAUCAAGAUCUAGAUAUUAAAUAAAGGCCAAGUUUUCAAUAUAAAGUAUACCAGGGGAUUUUGAACCACGUGUGUUUAAUAUUUUAAAUAAAUGUGGCAACAACAUUUGUUAACGACUGUGUUAAAUGCAUGUGAGCACUGUACAUGUGAAUAUUUCUUGUGUGAAUAAUGAAACAAAUGAUGUCAAUGGUGCACAACAUCUGGCUUACCUUGUGUUUUCAGACUUCACAAAAAUAACCAAUUGAAAUAAAUUGUUUAAAUGUAACAUGUAUAUUUUGUUUGCUUAAUUGCCAUGGCUUAUGUUACGGUUAUUGACCCAAAAUAUUGGCUUGUAGGGAAACCUAAAUAUUAAUUAAAGUAAAAAACAAAUGAAAUUGAUACCAAACUUCCACAUGUUAAAAAUAUUUCAGUUGCCAUUGUAUAUAUGGUUGUUAUUCCAUUUAUUGUUUUAUUGGGUUUUUUAAAUUGUUUUGAAUAUUUAUAUUUGUGAAACCUUUGACUGUGUAGGCCUGUUUGAAACUUCUUUAGUAGUAACUUGUUCAUGAAGUGUUAUUUUAUAUGUAAUAUGUCUUGCAAAAUCUGUCAAAUACAGUGCAUGUGUGUACUCGGAGUUUUUAAUAUUAUUUCCUGGUAUCGCCACACUACCUUGAAUAACCUUGUAAGUAAUUACAUGAUGUUUAUUGGUCACUUUCUGAUCCAAAUGUUUUAAUAAUAUUUUAGUUUUAAAAUGAAAGUAUUCUAUCCUGUGUACAUAGCUCUGUGAUUGCAAUAAUAAACAAUAUAUGUACUUGAAGCUUGAUUUAGAAAGCUCUUGACAGUCAUUUUAAAAGAUAAUCAUUUGGAAGUGAUAUUACUCUUUUAAUACAUCGACAUAUUUUACACGGAUCUAUGCACCAUUUGUGAUGGUAUGGUUUUAUGGAAUUCUUUGUUUUUGUUCUUCUUUUUUUGGUUUUUAAUGUAAAUUCAUGUUUAACCUAUUUCAAUUCUAGUUUUAUGUGAUAAAAAUAAUUUAUAUUGAAUUUUUGUAGCUAAUAAUUUAAUACAUUUUAUGUACAGUUUUUAAAUUUUAAAAUUUGUUUUAAUUAUUGAUUGCAAUAAAGUUAUUACUUGAAAAAGGAAAUACAUUUCUGUCAGUUUAUUACAUGGAGAUACCCAUGGGUUAUUUUCCAUAAACCACAUUGGUGAUUAGUCUUUUGGAAGGUCAUGACCUCUGAUGAACUGAUUGAUUGUUUUGGUAGGUGUGACUCCGCAUAGUGUGUUCUUUCAAUUCAUACUUGCAUAAAUAACAAAAUACUUAUGUCAAUGUUUAUAAUUAAAGUUGGUCAAUAAUUUGGCAAAAUAUAUGUUUGAAUACUUUUGUUAAUCCUGGAAUAUGUUUAUGGUAUUGUUAGUGUAAAUUUCAUUGGUGUAGGAAUGCAAAUGUUCAUUGAUAAAUCAGGUGUCCACCAAGCGACAUCAUCCUCCCUGGUUUCAGCUCUGUACAUUCCCUUCUUUUGAUUAUUUAUGUUCGAAGUAAUUGUCCGAUUUUUGUUCAUUGAUGAAUACUAUUACAACUGGCGUAAACUCAUUUAGUAUUCUCUGUGUAUUUAACUGUAAUUGAAGUAGACAAUGAAUGGUCUAAUCAAACAUCCUGUGUCUAAUAAAUGUGUAAUAUAUCAUGUAGGUUUCAAACAGAUUUCAUAUUUCAUUUUUAUUUUUGUUUAAGAAUGUUAAUGAAACAAACAAACAAACAAAAACCAAACAAAUCCGAAACAGGUAUUGAGUCAAUGCUUGAAGUUAUUUGAUAUUAUUGUGGUAUAAGAUAGUAUGGUCUAAUAAAUUACAUCAACACUUAAUGACCUCUGUAUUUAGUAAUAACUAGAUCUUAACUGUGUUUGUUAAUAUUUUAAUUUUCCUAGAAUAUACAUGUUACUCUUGAAAACAAUGCUCUGUAAUGUAUAAUGUGAUAUAAAUUACGUGGUUGUGAAAACAUUGAUAUUGGGUGGAAGCAUAAUGUUUGAAAUGAAAACAACGUGCAUAUACCAGUACUCGACCUGAAGUACUUUCAUAACUGUUUGAUUGUGCUCGAUGAAACUUUUAAUUCCUUAGAAUCAAUCUAGUAAUUAUGUUAUGUAUUUUUCAUUUAGUAUUAAAGAUAUAUAUAUUUUUUUAUCAUCUGAAUUAGAAUGAUUGUUUUAAAAGCAUUUUAUCACAAUACCAAAUAGCUUUUUAGAGUCAAAAGAGAAGAUAUAAUGAACAGUUGGUGCAGUUUACAUAGCAGUGUAUAAAGUGUGUCGGAUUGCUGGAAACCGUGAAUAUUGAUACCAAAAUUUAUUUUUUGUACUGGUGCUGUAAAUCAUAAAAUAUUAGCGAUCUUAACAUUUAGCGAAAUCAAAAUACAAGACAUAUUAGUGACACAGAACUUUAGCGAGGUUGUCAUAUCAGAAAUUAAAAAAUUAAAUAAUGUUUUUGAUGAAUCUUAACUUUAAUCUGCAUACAGACAAGUUAAAUGUAGAAAAUUGAAGUAAUGUGCAUUCUAACUAACUAUCAUUGUUUGUUAUCCUUUAGUGUAAUCAGUAGCAUGGAAUCAUUGUUGCAAGUUCAGUAAAUCGCAGACAAAACAAUCUCACAAAGGUUUUUCAGAACAGUCCGUUGUGCGUCUCUUUCAAUUUAGCGUCAUGAAAUAUCAGUGUCUUGUAAGGCUUCGCUAACAUUUUAUGCUUGCAAACAUUUCCUGAUUUACAGUAUCUAACACUUCUUUAAUCUUAUUGAUAUUGUAACUUGUGAUGUGAUAAGUAAAAGAAAUAGUAUUUUUAAAUAUAUGUAUUGAUUAUAUGCAAAUUGUAAUUUAGAUUUUUGUUUUCGUAUACUAAUUACCGGUACUGUAAUCUUCAUGUAUUGAAUUAUUUGAUUGUGAUUGAAGAAAUAUAAUUUGAUUCUGUGGAGAGACAACGCAUAAUGAUGAUGCAUGUAUGAAAACAAAUUUUGGUGUGGUCAAAUAUUGUAUUGAUGUUGAUGUUGGGUUGGAUGUUAAGUAUGUAACUGCAAAUUACAUAUAAACACACAACAAAAAAGCACAUAUUUUUCACAAAAGCUUGAUUUUGGAGAUGAUAUAACAAAAUGGUAAACAGUUUUGAAAGUGAAAUAGCAUUAUAAAACAAAAAUUUUAGGGAAUGUUUUUUCAAAUGUUAAAUUAUCCACACAACUUAGUAUUUGAGAGUGAGGGAAUAUUUAGAUGUGAAAUGUUUCACAAGACGUGGGUGAUAGACUGUCUCUCUUGAUUUAGGUAACCAAGACUGUCUGAUUUUACACAGUUUGUGUUUGAGCAACAUUAUAGCAUAUUUUUUGUUAAUCUUUUUUUCUUUUUUCUUGUUUUCCUGUUUUUUUAAAUACCGUAACUUCUGUCAGCUGGCUAUUGGUCUCUGAAAACAAGAUUUCAUGUUUUAGAACAACUGACUUUUUUCAAUUUUACAGCAUAUAAUAUAUAUUUAUAGUGUACAUUUUAUCAAUAGGCUGUUGGUUUGUCAAAACAAGAUUUCAUGUUUUAGAGCAGUUAACUUCCCAUCAUCACUAUAGCGUAUAUAAUGUAAAUAAUCUUCUUCAUUUUUUAAAUGUACAUUUUGUUAACGGACUACUGGUCUGUCAAAUCUAGAUUUCAUGUUUGAGCAUAAUGUUUGUGAUUGUGUAUAUUUGUACAUUAGAACUAUAUUACAGAUUACCUUUUACUAUUUACAAUAUAUUUAGAUAUGUUUUAUACCCAAUGUCACAUCUACAGAAAGAACAAAAAAAAAUCAUUUACCUUUG